AUGAAGGAAAAGAAGGGCAAAAAGAAGAAGGCCACGACUGGCGAGGGGAAGGGCGAUGGGAAGGGUGAGGGGAAGGGUGAGGGAAAGGGCGAGGGGAAGGAUGGAGCUCAACCUUCAAACACGCCUCAAAAUAAGAAGCAGAAAAAGCCCUCGGGACCUGCCCCUGGGCCCUCCGACACGCUCCCGCCUGAUGCACCCUCAAAUUCAUUCCAGACAGCUCAAGGCGAAGUCAUGCAAGUGGAACACGCUGUGGCGGGACCUGGGGAUCCGAAGCCCAAUGCAUUCAUAGACAAGGACCAGAAGAUUCUGCGCAUAUAUCACGACUCGACAUCCGGGACACAGAAUGACAAGCCUUGUCCCAAAAACGAUAAUCCUCAUGCCACAGCGGCAAAUAGUGUGGCCCGCAUCGUGAUGGACUCGCCCCUCCCCCAGAAUGGCCCUUUCAUCCUCCUCCGCAGAUGGGCCGAGGUGGCGAUUUCCAGGGGCCACAGGGUAGAAUCUACUCCGGUCCUGGUGCCGAAGCGGGCGGUUAUCAUCUCCCGUACCCGCCGUAUCCGCAUUUGA